GAAAUGGAGAGAACACUCCAGUUUUUUUUUUUUUUUUUUUGAAGGAGGAGAGAACACUCCAGUUCAUAUUUAUAGACAGACAUACAAAAUAACAAAUGACAGUACUUACUGCAACAUAAACGCGAUGGUAGGCAGUUUUCCGGGCUCCCGCCAAUCUUCGCAGAAAUCUUAAAUCUCUGUAGUUCAACCCCCAAAAAAUCCAAGAACAAUCAAUUGAAGUAGGAUACGAAACGCUACUUCAAUUGACGACUUUUUUUUAGGGUUUGCUGGAUUUUAAAAACCCUCAGUUUUCAUCUUCACAGAUUUUUGAAUCCCCAAUCAUGGCUGAAGAUAAAGUGUCAUUGGAAUUGUCUGAAGAAACUCUCCAGAGCAUGGAAGUCGGCAUGGCUUUUCGCGAUUAUAGUGGAAGAAUUAGUUCAAUGGACUUCCAUAAGGCCUCGAGUUACUUGGUCACUGCUAGUGAUGAUGAAUCGAUUCGUUUGUAUGAUGUCGCCAAUGCAACAUGUUUGAAAACAAUCAACAGCAAGAAGUAUGGGGUUGAACUUGUGUGCUUUACUUCUCAUCCUACAACAGUGAUUUACUCGUCAAAGAAUGGCUGGGAUGAGUCACUGCGGCUUCUUUCCUUGAACGACAACAAAUAUCUGCGUUAUUUUAAAGGCCAUCAUGAUAGAGUCGUAUCUCUUAGCUUGUGUGCCCGCAAUGAGUUCUUCAUAUCAGGUUCCAUGGACCGGACUGUUCUGCUGUGGGAUCAACGGGCUGAGAAGUGUCAGGGUCUUCUACGUGUCCAGGGAAGGCCUGCUACUGCUUAUGAUGAUCAAGGGUUAGUCUUUUCGAUUGCUUUUGGAGGAUAUAUAAGAUUGUUUGAUGCUCGUAAGUAUGAGAAGGGCCCAUUUGAGAUAUAUUCAGUGGGGGGAGACUUCUCUGAUGCCAAUGUAGUCAAAUUCAGCAAUGAUGGUAGACUUAUUCUUUUGACAACCACCAAUGGAUUUAUUCAUGUGCUUGAUUCAUUUCGUGGCACCCUUCUAUGCUCGUAUAAUGUAAAACCAGUAUCUACCAAUUCGACUUUGGAGGCCUCAUUUAGUCCUGAGGGAAUGUUUGUCAUAUCAGGUUCAGGGGAUGGCAGUGUGUAUGCUUGGAGUGUCCGCAGCGGCAAAGAGGUGGCAAGCUGGGUGAGUACUGAAAAAGAGCCUCCUGUUAUCAAAUGGGCACCAGGAAAUGUCAUGUUUGCCACUGGUUCUUCUGAACUAUCUUUUUGGGUUCCGGACUUGUCUAAACUGGGAACUUAUGCUGGAAGAAAAUUGCCAUGAGACAGAAUGUGGAAGAUAAUAGCCAUGAAGAUAUCCAUGGAAUGGACAAAGUUAAGGCUUAAUGCUUAAUAGACAUGCAGCUUGUCUAGUCAAUUCUUAAUUUAGCUUGCAACUUAAAUCAUGAUUCAUGAUGGAAUCUUGCCUUGAAGCUUUGCCCUUAAGCAAGACUGCUUCAACAACUUAUAUGCAGGACGUAUGGAUACGACACAUCAGAGUUGAUAUGGUUUUCAAUAUUGAGGAGCAUGCUGUUGGACUCAUGUUCAUGUCUCUACAGGAAGAAGUGGCCAUUCAUCCAGGUACAAUAGCUGAUAACUCUAUUUAUAAUCUUAUUUUGUUAGAAACUUAAGAGUUCUUGUAAAAUUAUAAUUAUCUUGUUCAUUGUUGAACUAUAUUUCAUGAUUUAGCUCUUUGCCUCUAGUUUGUAACAUAUUAUGUGUUAACAUAUUAUGUGUAUAUGUAUGGUUCUUAUCUUUUAUUUUAUAAAAAAUUAUACUGGAGCCUUCUUUUA